AUGGCCGUUUUUGAUAGUCCCGCUAUCACCCCAGGCUCCACCGUCCUCGUUACGGGGUCCAACGGCUUCGUCGGUGCUCACGUCGCAGACCAACUUCUUCAACAAGGCUACAAAGUGCGAGGCACAGUCCGAGACGCGGCUAAGCACCAAUGGCUCGUAGAUCUUUUCUCGCAAAAGUAUGGCAAGGACAAGUUCGAACUCAUCACUGUCAAGGACAUGAGAGAGCCUGGCGCAUUUGAUGACGCAGUCUCAGGUGUUUCCGGUAUCGCGCACGUUGCCUCAGUGCGGGAUAUGCACGUCACACCAGACGAGUUGAUUCGAACCACUGUGGCCGGAACAUUGAGUUGUCUGCAAGCCGCGGCGAAGGAGCCCAGUGUGAAGCGAUUCGUUCUGACGUCGUCUUCGGCUGCGGUCCGCUCGCUGCAAGCAUACCGUGGAACCGAUACAGUGUCUGCGCAUGAGUAUGAUGAGCAAACACUGGCCUUGUCUAAGAAUAUCCCCGACACUCUUCCGCCAAUGCAUAAGUUCAUGAUCGGCUAUUUUGCCUCCAAGGUAGCGGCAGAACAGGCCUUCUGGGAGUGGGUGAAAAACAACAAGCCACACUUCUCUGUCAACGCGGUGCUACCUUGCACUAUCUACGGAAGUCCAUUGAGCGUUACUCACCAGGGCUACCCGUCUACCGCGAGGAUCCCGCUCCAGAUUUUAGACGGCGAUGUCGACUCUAUCAAACACGUCCAGCGCUUCUACUAUGUUCACGUGCAGGACGUCGCACGGCUUCAUGUAGCCGGCUUGAUCCACCCAACUACCACCGAUGAACGCAUUUUCGCCUUUGCCGCCCCAUACUCCAUCAACGAGUUCUUUGACAUUUUCGCAAAGGCGGUCCCGGGUCACAAACACCAAGAGAAACUCGCGGGCCUAGAUUUUCCGCUGGCCGAAAUUGGACCCCGAGGGAAGGCGGAAGCGCUGCUGAAGGACAUGGGCCAGCCAGGCUUUGCGGGGUUGGAGGAAACCAUUAUUAGCAGCAUUCGAUCUCGUAUAAACGCAUCUUCGUAG